GCUUCCCACCAUCAUCGUCAGCUUCCUUUCGAAUCUCUGAGUUUUUCGUCAUGAAUAUCGCAGUCAACGCCGCCAUGAAUGUCCCAGACACUGUCCCGCCCGCGAGCGGCCCAUCCUACGUGGCAAGACCUCCGCCUGGCAUGAGCACGCACCUCCCGAACGCCCCACCACCUUGUCGACCAUGCACGCAAUGCACCUACCUCAUCCCCGCCGCCGACCCGUACCGCAUGUGCAAAGUCUGCCGCAAGGAGGCCAGGGAGCGCGCAAGGAAGCGGCGCAUCAAAGUCUUGCGGGCGAACCCGGACUUCCCAGGCGACGCCAACCAGGAGGGCGCGAUUCACCAGCAUGAACACACUCUGCUUCCCCGCGGAGAGUACAGGCAGAUCGAGAGCGACCAGAACGUCGAUCCCAAUGUCGGCAGGAAGCGUAUGCGCUUGACGGAGGGCUUCACUUCCCUGCAAGGCAUAUCCUAUGCAGACGUCCUCGGUACCGCGCAGGAGCAGAAGACUUCUCCGGAUAUCUUCAACACCGCGCAAGAGCACACGGGAUCGGGCCAGGAGCUUCAGAGCAACGUCGCCCCCACAUAUUUGACGCGAGACCUCACCAACUACACCAAAGCCGCUGGCACAAAUCCAACCAUACCCCUAAGAUCAAACGACACCUCCAGCCUCGACGACCCCGCCAUGUACCUCGGUUCCCUACUCGGGCAGACGGCAAUCCACUACAAGUCUACCGACAGAUCGAAGACCCCGCCGCGCUCAUCUCAGCCUGUCAUCGACCUCUGCUCUCCCGAAAUGCCAAUCGCUGCUGCUUCUGCUCCGUACCAAUCGAUUCCUUCUCCGGCGCAAUACUCCCCCACGUCUCACGCGACGCAAGUCAGCAAAGCCCAACCUCCGAUUAUCAACACCGCCCCGCCGAUCGACAAUGCUCAGCUACUCACUCCCCUCGCGCAGCCGCAUCCUUCCUACGCUCAGUCUCUCGCCCUCGACACCCAAUUACCCUCCCUCAACUUCCACACGUCCGCCAACUUCGCGCCCCCAGUUCCAGAACCCACCAAGAAGAAACGCAAACCUCGCAUCUACCGCCCUCGCGCUGACGCGGCCGCUCUCCAACAAAGCGCCCCUUCUCGUCAACAAAGCGUUCCACUCUCUGCGUCUCGAACGCUUGUGCCCUGCGAGCCUUCGAGACCGCCUCCAGUGCCUGCUCGUCGCGCAGUCUCGGGACCAGUCCCUCGUAUGUCUGCAAAGUCGACCUCUCGCCGCUCCGCUGUUGCUUCAACACCUCGUGCGAUCCCUUCGGCUCCGGCUCAGUCUCGAUAUCCCUGGCCGUACUGCUACUACGCGCCGAACUAUGGUCAGGCGCUUACUUCAACGCCCCCCGCUACUCAGAACUCUGCCGCCCAUCCUUCUGGACCUACGACUUCAUUUGCCCCUACACCCUCGACUUCCGCUGCACCAAAACCCGCGGCUGCAUCGUCUACGCCAUCUGACAAUGGUCAAGCUUCUGCCGCUCCUCUUGUUUCGCCUGCGCUUUCCUCCGCUACCAUAUCGACUUCGAAUACCGCGUCGCCCUCGCUGUACGUCAAAACUGGCAAAACCUCUUCUCACCCCGCGCAAUCCAAAUCACCCCAAACUCCCGCGACCACACCCACAGCAGACUGUCCCGAAAUGGACAUCUUUGGCCACCUUCAAGGCGCGGCGUUAGACGAGCAGCUCAUGCGCGACCUGUGCGCACUGGUGGACGGACCUUCUCCCGAUACAUCGAUCCAGCAUUCCGACGACGCAUCAGCGACGCAGAUUGUCCCUUCUUCGGUCAUGGAAGGCAUCUUGCCGGUCACUUCUGCCGCUACGCCCGGCAGAGAUGGAUCAGACCCUGCAGGGGACCUUGCAUGGCUCGACGCCGCAUCGGGCGACAUGGACUCCGUCUUCGACUUCGAUGUCGAAAGGGCGAUCCCGGGGUGGGAAGGACAGGAUGGCCUGAGCCUUGAAUCGCUUUCGUGGGACACCACCCCAUGGACAGAAACUCAAUCUCAGCUGGACGACAUGUUCGGCGAGAGCCAAUCCUCCUCAUUCCAAAAUGAGGCCGUCUCCGAGCCUGCACAAAUCACGAGCGACGAGUGGGCUUCACUCUUCGAAGCGCACGACCAUGACGGUGGAUUUGCUUUGGGGGUAGAAAGUAUCUCGGCGGCGCCGGUGGAUGAGGCGAAUUUCGGUAGCUUGGAUGGUAUGGCCGCGACAGGGAUCGAGCACGACGGCGCAUGGGCGGAGAUAUUUGGGAUGCAGUAG